UUUUCAAACCUACCAUCAUUCAAAGUUCAGAACUUCCUCUCGCCCCGUUUCGCAAGAAAGAAGAACGAUUCUCAAACCCGUUUCGGCAAGAAACCACCGUUCAUCGACCUCCAUGGCUAAGCCCCACGGCAAGAAAGGCAAAGUCCACCCGUCGCCGCCCUCCGUCGCGGACCAGCUGGCCCUCCUCCCCGCGGCGCUCCUGACCCUCGCGGCGGCUCUCUCGCCCGACGACAGAGAAGUCCUGGCCUACCUCAUCUCGCGCUCCAACGAAAACGCCUCUGGCCCGAACCCCUCCGGCCGCCGGGGAGUCGCGAGCGACGGCCGCAAGAACGGGGAGCAUGACUUUCCCGGCGAGGAGGACCACCCCCCCAUGUUCCAGUGCGACUGCUUCCGGUGCUACAAGAGCUUCUGGUCGCGCUGGGACGCGUCGCCGAACCGCCAGGCGAUAGACGAGAUCAUCGAGGCGUACGAAGACGGGCUGCUCCGGGAUGGAGGGAAGAGCUCCAGCGCGAAGAAGAAGAAGCAGAGGAAGGGCCAGAACAGGGUCGCUGAUUGCGGUGAGGACAGAGUUACGGCAGAAAGAAGGACUGAGAAGGAUGAGUUGGGUGAGCAGGAGAUGGAGGGAAGAGCUCCAGCGAUAGAUGAGAUCAUCGAGGCGUCCGAAGACGGGCUGCUCCGGGAUGGAGGGAAGAGCUCCAGCGCGAAGAAGAAGAAGCAGAGGAAGGGCCAGAACAGGGUUGCUGAUUGCGGCGAGGACAGAGUUACGGCAGAAAGAAGGACUGCGAAGGAUGAGUUGGGCGAGCAGGAGAUCGAAGGAGGCACCGGCGGCGAUGAAGCGGCGACGGCGGCCGGUGGCGUCGUCGAAGAUGGCGAGGCCGGAUCGGAGAAGGGGACGUUGAGAAAGAUCGCCAGUUUCAUCGCAGAGAAAAUUUGGGGCCUUUGGAGUAGGAAGUAAGAUCAUCCUUUUACCUUUUACCCAUUUCACAAGGGAUUCAUUCUUUGGUUUCAACUUCUUUUCAGUCUCUGAAAAACUCUCUCCCUUCCCCUGUAAAUGACUGUACUCAUAACGGGGCACGCAGGGUAACUUUUUUGCCCGUUACUGGGUUCGAGCUAAGUUUUUUGAAUCUCAAGAGUAAUGUAACGUCCCUCUUGGC